CGCAAAGAUAAUGAUUUGUUUCGGUCGAUUAAUGCGACACAUCCUUUACAAGUGCAACAGUAUGACGAAAGUGAGAUGAAUGGUCAUUGACAAUAAUCCAUUGACUUUAAUCGAGAUUUUGUCAGCCAACAGGCAUGGAUUGCGCAGGUACUUCUCUAUAUAAAUCGGCGAACUAUCUAGAUGAAGCAUCCGAAAAUGGAAUUCAAAUUAAUUACUACAUGUUUGCUUUGGUUUUUCUCACUAUUUUUCAUAUAUUCACGAUAUAUGAAUUGCAGAAUUCUCAGGUUGCCUUGCCAGCAUUUUGCCAACUUCACAGUGACAAGAAAGGGAUAUGCAUUGCUCCUUGCCCAAAUUUCUGUCUACGACCACUUAUCAGUACAGGAGUGCAAAGCUCAAUGUGUUUUCAAUCAAAACUGUAAAGCAAUAAGCUACAACGUGAAUGGAACAUGCAUACUCAACAGUGAGUCUCCAGCCGAUUCACUAAGCACGAUUUUUGAAGGAAAUCUUACACAAGAAACAGGAUGGAGUUUCAUGUCAACCAAUUACAGCGAGAAAUGGACUGGUCACAAUUGCAAAAGACAUAAUCCUUGUGGUGACAGUGUCUGCCUGGAUACCUGUCAAUGCCCUGGAUUUCAAUGCGUUAAAUGUGGUACGGAUGCCAGCGUCAAUUGCCCUGAUGGGCAUCCUUUUCUCGUGCAAGGUAUGAACUUUUAUUGUUUGACACAAAUAGAUGGUAAUACCUUCCAAAGAUUGUCUGGAGGGAAAGACAAAUUCUAUUUUGUAACUGGGAGACAUGGCUUGUUUCUGAAACAUCAGAAAACAAACGCAUGCGUCGGUUUACAUGAUGGGGAGGAGUGGUUGGAAACAAAAGCAUGUGGUUCCAUCGACACGCUUUGGAGAAGAAAUGGGUCUAGUAUUCUAUGGAAUGCUGCAACAAAGAAUUGUUUGUAUAAUUACAUAGAAGGCGUUUUCAAAAUGACCAGUAGAGCUGUAUCUGCAUGUUAUAUGGAAGAAAACAAACUCUCUCUUGUUUGGGAUUGACAAGGAAGAUCAACACUUUUGAAAAUCAUCAUUUUAAUACACAGAAAGAAUGUUUAUCAGUGGAUCAUUUGAAAGAAAAAACAAUUUGAUUUAAAAUAGGAUAAUUGGUCAAGGACCGCGGAGUACUGUAUAGAUUGAGGGGGCUAAAACGUUUAGGGGGGAGGCUAAACAUGCUAAAGCUCAGAGCAAGGCGACAUUUGGUAUGGUUUAAAGUACAUUUUAGAGAUGAUUGGGGGGCUAAAGCCGCCUCAGCCUCCUCUCGCGCUUCCGCAGUCUCUGUAAUUGGUCACUUUGCAGAUAGAUUUUUUCUUUAUGACAAACGUCGUUAACACCUUUUACUGCCACCCGUUAAAUAAAGGCCAAGUUACUCCACCGUUUUUCAAUAUCAAAAGUUUACCUGUAGGAGACAGUUUUUGCACCUGAAAGCACCCCACAAUAUAAAUAAAUUUUAUAUCAGAGAAUCGCACAAAGCAUAUCAACAAAGAGGAUUUAACAAAUGUCAGAAAUCUUCCUCAGCAAGAAUUCUUCCUCCGCAAGAAUUCUUCCUCAGCAAGAAAUGUUCCUCAGCAAGAAAUCUUCCUCAGCAAGAAAUCUUCCUCAGCAAGAAAUCUUCCUCAGCAAGAAUUCUUCCUCAGCAAGAAUUCUUCCUCAGCAAGAAAUCUUCCUCAGCAAGAACUCUUAAUGAUGAGGCGCCGGAAGGCAGCGAAAAUUCGAAGAUUAUAUUGUGAACGUGUAACUGUAUUUUUUUAUUAAAGUAAUGUGAACAAUUAAUUGCUUAUUAAAAAAAUGUAGGUUACCUUUAAA